UUUAAAUUUGUGUCGAGUGUGUAAAUUGAAUUGAAGAGAAAAUGAAUCAACGUCGUCGAAUACGUGAGGAUAAGCUGGACGAGGCGGAGAUUAGGGAAAGGGGCAUCCCUGCAGCAAAGCAUCCUCGUCGCACGGAUCGCAUGGAGGUGAUGUCCAGGAUUGAGGAUCUGUUGGUCAACUUGGGUGACUACAGGGGGGACAGGGACAGUGUACAGGGUCGCAUCGAGGAUCUCAGCUACCUGGUGAGUGAUGUUCUUCCCAGCCAUAAGCCGGAUAUACUACGGACCCUGGUUGAAUGCAUCUCCAGGCAAUCAAUGCAAAGUGGCGCCUACGCGACCUUUCUGGGAUUGGUGAAUGUGAGGGAUUAUGAAUUUGGAGCCCAGUGUGUGAAUUGUUUGAUGCAACAGCUGUUGAAGUCGCUGCAUGAGGCACAGUGGGUAAUGGCAAGAAGUCUGAUGAUGUUGCUGGCAGAUCUGGUCAACACAAGUGUGGUGACAGUUGCCUCAAUGCUGCAGUUGCUCACCGAUCUUGUCAAUGUCUGCGAGGAGGAGAAUUCACCACAGAGACGUCGCGAUUUUUAUGCCUAUCUGGUGCUCAGCCCAUUGCCUUUAAUAGGACGCGAGCUCUACGAGAAGCGGGAGAUGGCAUUUCAAAUGCUGAUCAAGCGGCUGCAGCUCUACAUGAACAAGGAUCGCUGUGCGGGAGAAGGUGCGACAUUGUUGCGCAUCUGGUACAACGGGGAGAUGCCACAACAUGAGUAUCUAGUACUGCUCUGGCAGCAGAUAUUGCGACUCGAUCGGGAUCAUUGGAUCGAAAAGCAAUUGCUGCGUCCCUAUUUAGCUUUUGAUGAUACACUGAGCACAGCCUUACAGCAUCAUCUGCCCAUCUUGGAGCCGCCAGGAUAUCAACCGGAGAACGUCUCCUAUCCUCGUCCUUGGCUCAUCUUUCAUCUCUUUGAGUUGAGCGACUCACCGUCGACUCUGCGACUGCCGGAAGAGCUGGACAUUGAGCGGCAUGUCAUUGAGUCUCACAUUUUGGAGAUAUUGCAACUGCAUCAUUUGGAGAGAAAAACUUGCGCCGAAUUGUUGUCUUCAUAUAUUGUGUCGAAGCCAGAUCUUGCCGUGGAACACUGCAUUGUCGAGGUGCUGUUGGGUCAAAUGUUGCAGCUGCCCAGUCCUCCAUAUUUGACCAUCAAUUAUGGCUCCAUAAUCAUAGAACUUUGCAAACUGCGACCCAAUAGUUUCCCUCAAGUUGUCGCCCAGGCAGCCGACAUACUCUUCACCCAACUGGAGUUUAUGAACGUCUCGAGCUUGGAUCGAUUUGUCAAUUGGUUCUCACAUCAUUUAAGCAACUUUCGCUAUCAAUGGUGCUGGCAGGACUGGGAGAGUUGCACCACAGUGCCGGAUCUGCAUCCCAGUGCGAUGUUUGUGCGUGAGCUUCUCAAGAAGUGCAUGCGUCUUAGCUAUCAUCAGCAUAUUGUGCAGUUGUUACCGCAAUCUUAUGCAGCCCUGAUUCCCUUGCCGCCAGAUCCAAUUUUCAAGUAUAUCAAUGAACUGUUGCCGGGUGCCAAGUUGGCCAAGCAACUGUUGGAAGCCAUAAGGGGCAAGUCCAGUGCUUUGGCAGUUGGCGGUUUCAUCGAAGCUUCCACAGAGUUGGAUGAGAACAUCAAGAUCAAUGUAAUGAUGCAGACGUUUCUGCAUCUCGGCAGCAAGUCCUUUACACAUGUAUUUUCCAUUUUCAGCAAAUUUCAGCCAGUGAUGAAGAUGCUGGCCUACAACAAGGUCAACCAGUUGGCCAUUCUGGAGGCUCUCUCUGAAGUUUGGCUCAACAACGAUCAACUUCAGCUUGUUGUCGCCGAGAAACUGUUGAAAAUUCGAAUCGUGGAUGCCAAUGUAAUUGUCGACUGGAUCUUUGGACAAAAACACAAAUUAACUCAUAUGUAUCUUUGGGAGCUGCUCAACCUGGUUAUCAAAUUUACCAAGAAUCAUUCCCAAGACAAUGAUGAGGAGCAGCUGUCGAAUCUUUGUUGUUUUCUUCUUAAUAUUGUUCAGAGCUGCGUUAAAGUCGUAGCAGAACAUGAACAAACAUUCGAGCAGAAGGAGAUGGACUACUGGUCCGACUGGGUAUUGGGACGCCUACAAGGUGUGCUCUUCAAUUACAUCGAUGACUUUCGUCUCAUUAGCUUCAAGCUACGUCAAAUUGCAUCCGAAUUGGACAACAGCAAACGUCUGGUGAAGCUAAUUGAGAACUAUUUGGCCUACAUUCAAUAGGGCUAAUUAUAAAUAAUUGAAAUGUUAACUUUUUGUAUUAUAAA